AGCUGAAGAAACUAAGCACGAGCGGGCGGAAUCCAUGGCCAUGGGUGCUGCGACGACCGCGGCCGCCUGCUUCUCCUCUGCAUCCUCGGGCGUGUCUCGCUCUCGCAUCAGGGCGCAGGCGACGUCGUGGGCAGGAGGGGCGGAGGAGCUGGUGCGGUCGGGCGCGGUGAAAGCCGUCCGGCCGAGGGACGCGGUGGAGGUCAUGGGCUCAGAGGGGUUCCAGCUGCUGGAUGUCCGGCCGGCCUGGGAGCACGACCGCGCCGCCGUUCGGGGGUCCGUGCACGUGCCGCUGUUCAUGGCCGACGACGACAUGGGCCCAGUGACGCUGCUCAAGAAGUGGGUCCACCUGGGCUACAUCGGGCUCUGGACCGGGCAUUCCUUCACCAAGAUGAACGACCGCUUCCUCGACGACGUCGCCGCCGCCGUCGCCGGGAAGGACGCCAAGCUGCUCGUCGCAUGCGGCGAAGGCCUCAGGUCGCUGAUUGCGGUGAGGAUGCUGCACGACGACGGGUACAAGAACGUGGCAUGGCUCGCCGGGGGUUUUAGCAAGUCCGUUGACGAUGACUUCGCCGAGCUGGAGGGGGAGAGCAAGCUCCGGUACGCCACCAUCGGGGGAGUAUCCUACAUCUUCCUUCAGAUCUUGCUGCUGCUACGGGUGGUGCAGUGAAAAUCGAACGGAAUGCAAUGGUGGUAUGGAAUGGCGCGCCCUCUGCUCCAAGUUAGCCUCUCAAUCCAGUUCUGCUCUCGGCCUUUUGAUUUGCUUAAUUUUGCUUCAGCCAAGUGUUGUAUGGUAGAUCGAACGAUAGUUACAAAGUAAUUCAGAUUCAGCCGCGCUCCCCUUUGUCAACAUCUUGUACUACAUAGCCCUUCUUGGUAGCUGCAUGUAGUAGUUUUUUUAAAAUGAUCUAAUAAAACCAUGUUUCAUA